AAAACCUCAAAGUUAAUGUCUGUUGGAAAGUUCAGAACGAUUACCUCUUGAUUUAGUCAACUGAUCAACUCAAUAGUUUGGUCGCAGUUGCAAAUGAGAACUUGUUCUCAACCUGCCUACCUGGUUAAAUAAAGGUGACAUAAAAUAAAUAAAUGUCGAUGAACAUGGCGACCGACAUCAGUCCAGCAGGGGGAGAAGGAGGGCCAUAUACCACUAUGGUGGGAGGAAGUAAACCACUGCACCGCUUCAUCAGAGGCGAGCCAAAGAGUACUGGGAUUGUAAUGAUGUUCAUGGGAUCAUCACUCUUCAUCUUGGGGAUUCCAAUGAGGCUGGAUACACUGAUGUCCUCUGCUGAGACUUUCACCCCUUUUUGGCUAGGAAUCCUGUUCAUCAUCUCUGGGUUGUUAUAUGUGCUCACAGAGAAGAAUCCUUCAAAACAACUGGUGACAGCAAGCCUGGCCCUUAGUAUCAUCUCUAUGUUGGGGGUCACAGUGGCUUUCUUUGAAUUCCUUAAAGGCAUCGUGCACAUUCGGCAAUCAUAUGACUACUAUGAUCAUUACCACUAUGACUACAACGCCACAGAAUCUGGCAGAGUUGUAGUCCCCUGGCGUAAACAACAUAUGCACCAGUUGAUCAGCCUUGAGGCUGUAUUUAUGUACCAGAGCUUAGUAGGUAUGGUGGUCCUAAUUGUGAUGACAUCAUUUGCCAGGGUUGCCCUGCAUUCCAGCAAGACACAGGCAGUUGUGGUAAUGCAAGAUCUACCAUCACCAGACUGAAUAAAGAAAACAAGGCUUUUCUGACUGUCUCUGCCGUGAUGAAUAGAUAGAAAAUUUGGACUUGCCCAUUGAUAUGAAAUAAAUGUAUUCACAAAUAUGUAGAACAUUUCUUUAAAUCCACAUAUAUGGAAUUGUCUUUGUAUACACUCGUAUUUCUAUACACUUGUACUUUGUAAUAAAUAUAACAUACACCACCAGUCAAAA